UUUAUAACAGUAAUUUAUUAAUAUUUUUCAGUCUACAAAUACAACCUAUUGAAAUGAGCAUAAAACUUUUCUUAGCUAUUUUUGCAAUUUGUAUUUUUGUAUUGGAAACUGGAGUAUUUGGAAGUGCCGAAUGCGUUUACCAAGAAUCAUUGAUAGAGUACGGUAGAAAAUGUCGUAAGCCAUGUCUUGAUAGUUCUGAAUGUAAAGGAAAGAAACUAUGUCAAUGUGAUGGUCCGUGCGGAAUGUCAUGCUUUUAUAAUCGAAGUGACUGUGAAGAGCCUGAAAGUAUCGCAAAUGGUAGAGUAGAACGCGAGCAUACACUCUGGAUGGCGGAAGCUUACUAUUCAUGUAAUGAUGGUUACGUACUUGAUGGUGAGAACGUCCGAACUUGUCAUUCAGACAAGGUGUGGUAUCCUGGACCUCCUAGUUGCAAAAGACCAUGCGAAGAACCCGAUGAGCCACACUCGUAUCCAACAAAUGGUGAAACCGAAUUCCUCGAAGGAAGAAGUUACAUUUUUUCAUGCGAUUCUGGAUACUACAUGACUGGUGACUCAAGCAGAACGUGUUUGGAAACCGCAAAAUGGUCCGUUGUCAAAUAUCGAUGUUUUAGAAAGAUGUGUGAAAGCAUCGUACCAGUUCGCCAUGGCACUAUUCAUUACUCCAUUGGUGAUGGGCCUGUUUUUGGUACAACAGCAACAGUGGAAUGCAAAAAGGGAUACAAAUUGAGUGAGGUUGGACUGUCGAUGCGAUGUUACGCCGGGGAUAGCGGAUCAAGAUUCGGAGAAUGGAAUGGGAGACUCCCAUCAUGUUUAAUAAUAUCUUGUCCUCGACCUGAAGAGCCAGAAAAUGGGGAAAUACCAGAUCUCGCGUUGCUUAGGUUUGAAUACGGAAAUGAAAUAAGUUAUGCCUGUAAUAGAGGAUACAUGUUGAAAGGCCCGAGAUAUAGUCGUUGCACAGAAAAUGAAAACUGGAGUAGCACAAACUCAAGCUGCAUAGUCGAUCCAUCUUGUGACUUUGACAGUUUUGACUACCCCACAUGUGGAUUCACGAUUGUUCAUUAUAAGUGGACGAAUAGAGAUUCACAAGAUGUUUUGCGAGGUCGUUUGCUUCAGUCGAAUUCUGGUACUGCAUACCUGGUAUCGAUGAGAAUUCCGCCGGACUGGACAAGUCAAUCUCAUAUAUGUUUGGAAUUUGACUACAAGAUAACGCGCGAUUCUUCGCUGCUCGUUCAAAAAGCACUAGGAAGCAUGCAUAAAUUUUGGCAGACUCAUCCACGAGAAAUUACUGGCGUGUGGUUGGAUGCACUUGUGGAAAUUAAGUUAGAAAACGCAAUCCAGUUCCAGUUCAAGGCAGAGAAUAUUGUCUAUUUAGAUAACGUAGCCGUGUACGAAGGAACCUGUGAUAAUCACUGCCUAAGAAUGCCUUGUAACAAUGGAGGAACGUGUGUAAAUCGAAAACGCACCUUUUCUUGUAUUUGCACUGUGGAUUUUACAGGAUUCGUGUGUGAUAUUGACAGAAAAUGUCCAGAACUACCAGAACGCAUUAAAGAUGGCAAAUUAAGCGAACGAGACAGAGGAAUGUAUCUUCCUGGAAGAACAGCUGUUUAUGAAUGUUAUAGUGGCUAUAAAUUUAGUCAUUCCUCCAAUGUUAUUUCACGGGUUGAGGUUACUUGCGAAGCAAACACUGAUGGGAGCGGAAGAAGUGAAUGGAAUACGAAUCCACAAAAAUUGGCGUGUGAAGUUGUCACAUGCGCACCACCCAAGCUGGGUAAAAAUCAACGUCUUGUUUCGACUAAUACUCGAUGGAUUGCCAAUGACAAAGCUACAUUCAGUUGCUAUGUUGGAUUUUAUAUGAAUCCUGCAAUAUAUACCACACAAUUGAAUAGAAGAUGUCAACUUGACGGACAGUGGUCGGGCGAGUUAUCUGAUUGCAUCAAACCAUACUGUACCUUCGACAGUAGUGGCAAUGAAAAGCCAGACGUUGUUUUUCCGCAGACAACAUAUAACAAAGGCGUCACUAUCAAACUAAAAUGCGUUGAAGGAUAUGAAUUGAAUACCGAUGACCCGUUCCUAACUUGCACAGGAUUGUAUACAUGGAAUAGAAAUAAUAGAAAUAUUCCAAAUUGUCAGAGAAUUACUUGCGGAGCUAUACCUAGGAUUCCUCAUUAUUAUUCAUCGAACUACCCUGAUCCUCUUUAUUAUGGCGAUAGCUUCACCUAUGCAGGUUGCAGAAGUGGUUGGUCAAUGGUUGAAAACAGAACGAUUAAAUGCAAGAGCGAUACAACUUAUACUAAGCAGCCAAUUUGCCGGCAACUAGGAACUUGCACUCGCUUUCCUGUAAUUCCUGAAAAUUGUAAAAUGCAAAACAAUUCCAAUCACAAGGUUGUGCGAUUUACCUGUAAUAAAUUGCAUCAUAUUAUUGGAAACACAAUUGUCGCCUGUGAGCAUGCUACAAGGCAAUGGACAGAAACGCCUAUUUGUACAGAAAUUCAACCAACUUCCACGACGGUAUAUGAUGGAAUACAAUACUUGGUAUAUCUUCAAAACGAUAUUCGUUCAAACUACGAGGAUGCACAGAAUCUAUGCCAUAGUAUAAAUGCAGAUCUAGCAAUUUUAUACAGUCAGACUGUUCGAGAAAAAUUUGAAGAAGCAUUGCAUAGAAUUUCAGGGAGAGAUUUUCAACUUCGUAUUGGUUUAAAAAAAAAGUAUAAGGGUAAAUGGACAUGGGAAAAAGAAUUUCUUUGGGAUUGGAAGGGAGAAGAACCACGGUCCAACCUACCUAAUGGUUGGAAAAAUCACAAUGAUAGACAUUGGGCGACUGGUAAUCGACGUAAUGCAGGGGAUUGUGUAGUUGUUGACAGCACACCCGAUGUACACUUCGGGAAUAAAUAUAGAUGGAAAGUUACUAAUUGCGACAAUUCACUUCUUCCGUUUGUAUGCCAACGAAAUCACAUUUCAUGCGAACCAAAUCCAUGUAAAAAUGGAGGAACCUGCAAUGUAGAAAACGGAAGAGAAAGAUGCUCAUGUCCGCAUUAUUUCUUUGGCUACUAUUGUGAAACAGAAACUACCUGCGCCGCAUCAGAUCUUGAAAAUAUGGAGAUUAUUUUUGGGAAAGAAGAUCGUUAUUCAGUAGGAUCAAGGGUAUUUAUUAGAUGUUCAGAUGGAUAUCGACUUGUUGGGAAGAAUGUCGUAACAUGUGAAAGAUAUGGAAGUUGGAAUUCACAAGCAAAUUGUGAAGAAAUCGAAUGUGCUAACCCACAAUUGCCAGUGCAUGGACGGUUUCUAUUAAAUAAUCACAAAUACGGAGCAGGAAAAAACUAUGAUAUUGGUUGUGAAAACAAAUACAGAUUAAUGGGAGAUUCGCAAUUAUAUUGUGGAUGGGAUGGAGAAUGGGCUGACACAACUUCAUCAUGUGAAAAAAUAGUUUGUAGCGCUCCAUCAUUGCCAGCAAAUGCUAAAAUGUCUACUACACAGAAACAAACUUAUGAAAUGGACGAUUGGAUAAGUCUUCGUUGUAACGAGGGAUAUGAAGAGAGUGAAAUUGUUUAUCCCACGUGUAAUAGAGAUAGUCAAUGGGACUUCCUAGAAACUUUUAGAUGUAUCCCGAAGUUUACCUCUACAGCACAACCAAACACAAGAACAACAACUACUACAACAACAGAGAGAACGCCCACAACAACAGCGAAUUCAGGUCUCCCAUGUACUGAGUUUCCACAGCUUCCACAAGGAAGUUUUAUACACAAUGAUCCAGGAAGCUAUCCAUCCGGAUCUUCAUAUGAAAUCCGUUGUGAAGCAGACCGUGAUAUAACAGGCUCCAGCUCUCUCACUUGUAAUGACGGAGAAUGGAACGAAGUAACAGCAAAAUGUGAAUUAAUCAUCUGCAGAUUGGAUCAAUAUCUUUUGCCAUAUGAAAUUGAAGUGCAAGGUUUUGAACUUCAUCAACUACAAAACGAGAAAUUUUCUGUUGGAAAGAUAUUAACUUUAGUAUGCUCUGGGUCAGGAGUGGUGACGCAUUUAAAUGAUGAAAGCAUAGAACCACAGAUUACAUGUCAAAGAGGAGGAACUUGGCAGCCUUGGCAAUCAAUGUUCUAUUGUGGUUAAAUCUCACAUUGACAAAGACAGACAAAUACUGAGGAAAAAUGGAAUGAUUUGCCAACAGACUCACGUCAGGAUGCAGCUAUUUUAUCAGUAUCAUUGGCAACAACUAUAUUAAACUGAUUUCUGUCGGAUUUAUAUUUUAACGUUUUUGUAUAUAAUAAAACACUAAUACAAGAAUGCCAA